AUGUCUUCAUCCUCAGUUGCCGGCGUCGUCGUCGGUGUCGACACCAACGGCGCCUCUACCGCCAAGAACGUCGAUGUCUCUGCUCAGUGGAAGGCUUCGCGCGCUUCCUCGUCGCGCAGCAACGAGCUUCGUGUCUUCUACCCUGACAAUGGCACUCCCGUCGCCGCCGUCUCGCUCGGCGAGCAGAAGGCUGCCCCCACCACCACACCCGAUCUCACCCCUUCCGAGAAGACCUACCUCCGCAACGAGCAGCUCGAGCGGGUCCGUCUUGCUGCUGCCAAGGGUGUCAAGGCCAUCCGCGACCUCGGCGCCGGACCCGAGGACAAGGGGGACAAGCCUGUCGAGAGGACCAUUGCUCUUGACGCCAUGUCGAGCCCUCACGCUGCCGCUGCUGGUGCUACCCUCGGUCUCUGGUCCGUCAACCACUUCAAGACCCGCGGCAAGAACGCUGCCCACGGCAAGGAUGCCGCCGUCCAGGGCGGCAAGGAGAUCAAGGUCGUGCCCGUCGACGGUGCUGCUGACGAGUCGGCCAAGAAGUCGCUCAAGGACGCCGGCGACGACGUCCCCAGCGUGGCUCCUCUCAGCUGGUACACCGGCGAGGUCUACGCCGAGGCGCAGAACUGGGCUCGCGAGCUCAAGGAGACCCCAGCCAACCUCAUGACUCCCACCAUCUUCGGCCAGCGCGUCACCGCCGCCUUCAAGAACGUCCCCAACACCACCGUCAUUGUGCACGACGAGGCGUGGGCGCGCGAGCAGCGCAUGAACUCUUUCCUCUCCGUUGCUGCCGGUACAGAUGAGCCCGCCAAGUUUGUCGAGAUCAUCUAUAAGGGUGCCCCGGAUAACGAGGAGCGCAGCGUCGGCUACGUCGGAAAGGGCAUCGUAUUCGAUUCAGGCGGAAUUAGCCUUAAACCCGGCGCCGGAAUGAAGGCGAUGCGCGCUGAUAUGGGAGGUGCAGCGGCUGUCGUCGCUACCACCCUGGCGAUCGCCAAGCUCGGUCUGCCGAUCAACGUCGUAUGCGCUACUCCUCUGACGGAGAACAUGCCGUCUGGCAAAGCCACCAAGCCCGGAGACAUCAUUAUUGCGCGCAACGGUCUCUCGAUCGAGGUGGACAACACCGACGCCGAAGGUCGUCUUGUGCUCGCAGACGCCCUGACGUACGUGUCCGAGACGUACAAGCCGCACACGCUGGUCGACGUGGCCACCCUGACGGGCGCAUGCAUGAUCGCAGUUGGCGACGUCUACUCCGCUGCCUUCACCGAAUCGGACAGUCUGUGGAAGGAGCUUCGCGUCGCCGGUGAGGCCGAGAACGACCUCUUCUGGCGCCUGCCCUUGAACGAUGCCUUCCUCAAGCAGAUUUCGACCUCCAACGCCGACCUGUGCAACACCGGCGGUCGUCUGGCUGGCGCUUCGACCGCGGCGAUCUUCCUCAAGCAGUUCGUCGUCGGUCUGGGAGAGCGCGGCGGUGCCGCCCCCACCGUGCGCUAUGCUCACCUGGACAUCGCCGGUAGCAUGGAGGCCACACCAACGACCAUCAACGACUACCAGCCCAAGGGCUUCACCGGUCGCCCCGUCAGGGCGCUGAUCGAGUUUGCUCGUCGCAUCGCUGCCAAUGGCGGCGCCAACUGA